AUGUGCGAUACAAAAUUUCAGAUUCUGGUAUUUGCCUCGACAAAGGAAUAUUGCGAAUUCACUGAUGCUGUUGUAUUGCCUCGCGAUUUACCGCCUUGGCAUGACGACCUGCCCGGCUCGAUUCAGGAUGUGCAACACGAACUUGACGACACCCUGUUGCUGCCAUUUUCCAGCGGCACAGGUGGAAAACCUCGCUGUGUAACGUUAACACACCGCAACUACAAUGCAGCUACCGCCAUCUUGAAAAUGGCCUUGUUCGAUCAGCUCGUUGUUGAGAGUCGACGGAAGACAGUUGCUGUGCUUCCAUUCUACCACGCUUCAGGAUUUUGGGCACUCCUUUAUUGUCUUCUGGAAGGAUGUCACACUAUCAUUAUGAAGUCGUUCCAUCCAAUUUCUAUGCUUGAAAUCAUUCACAAGUACGAGUUAAGAGGCGAAAAUGGAGGCGUCGUCGAUGGUCCCUACUGUCCAGGCGAGCUUUAUCUAAAAUCACCGACAGUUAUGCGUGGAUACCACAACUCUGAUGGAACUGCAGAUCCGUUCGUGGACGGAUGGCUGAGAACUGGUGAGCGAUUCAGCUACUGA